UACUUUACUACGUAAUAUACCAGUGUUUACCCAUCAGUACCUUAAAAUUUAAACGUUUUGGAGUAUUAAAUGUCAGAAAAUACGUAAAUUUGUAACUAAUAUGUGUAAAUAACUCGAAUGGAUAAUAAUAAACUAUUUUCAUAGUGUGUUUUUAAAUAUUAUUAAGUAUAAAAUCCUCAUACAACAUGGCACAUGGAAUUGGGUCAAAAAAUAAUACAAAUCUACAAUUUAGCAUUCUAAUUCUAAUAUAAUUUAUUUUUAUCUAUAUCUAGGGAGAUUUAAUAUUUGAUAAAGUUUGAUAAACAUUUUUACAUGUGAAUUACAUAUUGUCGAUUGUAAUUGGGAGAAUUAUAACGUAUUUAAUUCGAAAGAUUGAUCUAUUAGUGAACAUUUUGGUGCAUUUAUUUGUCAACCAUUGAAGUUACUGCAUAGUUAUCGCUCAUCGGUACUCAGCACAGUAUUUAUAUACGUAUAAUGUGGGUUUAUGUAUUGUGCGCAAUACAUGUGAAGACGUUUAAAUUUUGUAACGGUCAUAUUGACGGUCGUACACAGUGUCGUCAUUAUCUACUCGUCGGCGUCUCGUCGUGUAACGUGUAUUGUAUACAUGACAAACGUUUUGACGAUUAGUAGCGUUUAUCAUUCGAGAAGAUAUUUAUGAGCUUGUUAUUAUUCUUGUUCUGGAGGAAUUAAUCUGCAGUAUUAUACUAUUGUUACAUCAUUAACUCCAAUUAUUAAGAAUGAAUUUUAUUGUAUAUUUAUUUGUCAAUCCGACUAUGCGUUUAUAUUUUUGUUAAUCUAUUGAUAUACUUUAGUGAGUUAUAUUAUAUAAAUUUUAUUUUUAUUUUUUUAAUAACUAUCAUAAUUUACAAUGGAGAAUUCCAAUAAUACAAUAGCAUUUGGUACAGAAUUAAUAAAAGAGCGAUUCUAUUUUGUAACUUUGAAAUGUGAUAAAAUACUCGGAAACACUCAGGAUUUUCAUUACUUCAGCAUCGACAAUGAAUUAGUCUAUGAAAACUUUUAUGCUGACUUUGGACCAUUAAAUUUAGCAAUGUUAUAUCGGUAUUGCUGUAAAGUAGAAAAAAUAUUGGAAACACCGGCAUUUAAGAAAAAAAUCAUCGUUCACUAUACUACACUAAAUAGUGAAAAAAGAGUCAAUGCAGCAUUCCUGGCAGGCAGUUAUGCAAUAUUAUACUUAAAAAAAACUGCUGACGAAGUCUAUGAAUUGUUGACAAACACAUAUAACAGUCAACCUUAUAUUAUGUUCAGAGAUGCUUCAAUUGGUCCUCCGUGUUAUCAGAUAUCUUUGAAAGAUUGUCUAAAUGCUAUUGAAAAGUGUCAUAAAUUGGGUUUCUUUAAUUUCGACGAUUUUAAUUUCAAAGAAUAUGAAUAUUAUGAACGAGUACAAAACGGAGAUCUCAAUUGGAUAGUUCCUGAAAAAUUUAUUGCAUUUUGCGGUCCCCAGGCAGAGUUAAACAAUGAAAAUGGAUAUUCCUUACACUCACCAGAAUCAUAUUUUUCUUUUUUCCGACAAAACAAUGUUACAACGAUAGUGAGACUUAAUAAGAAAGUAUAUGAAGCAGCACGAUUUAUCAAUGCCGGAUUUGAUCAUAAAGAUCUCUUUUUUCGAGACGGAUCGACGCCUACAGAAGCGAUUGUUGGACAAUUCUUAAAGAUAGCGGAAAAUACAAGCGGUGCUAUUGCUGUUCACUGUAAGGCUGGCCUUGGUAGAACAGGAUCGUUGAUUGGUUGUUAUAUAAUGAAACAUUAUCAUCUGUCCGCCCACGAAACGAUUGCAUGGAUUAGAAUAUGCAGACCAGGUUCUGUUAUUGGGCAUCAACAACGAUGGCUCGAAAGAAAUGAAGAAUAUCUACAUUCAUUAUUGAAAGAGCCAUUAAAAGCCGAAAAUGGAAAUCCACCGCAUCCUCGAGGAAUUUACUCCAAAAGAGGCAGAUCGAAUGGAUCAUGGACGCUAAUACCAUCAUCAUUAGAUACGUCAUUACCAUCUGAAAAUAUUAAUCUUGUACAUGACAAUGUCUCUAGAAUCGUACAUCGAGUCGACGAUAUUCGACUUGACGAUUCGUCACCGUCAUCAGUACCCACAACAAGUACAACAAAUGGUCCAAAUAAGUUAGCUCUUGUGACUCAAGGUGAUAAAUUGAAUGAAAUUAAAAUGGCUAGACAGAGGAAGGCUACUUUUACGAAUAACUUUAUGAGGAGAAAAUCAGUAGGACAACCCAGUGUAGUACUUCCAAACUUAGGUAUUCUUUUACACACAAGAAAUGGCCAUACUAAAAGUGCCAUGGCUUCAGUGAUGGGAACGAAAAAAGAUACGAACAAUAAAAGACUGCUACCAAGAUCAACGACAGCAACUACUACAUCGACUCUCAUAAAGAGAACUUCAUGUAAAUCAUCGUGUUAUGUCAGAUCAAAAGCAUGUAUCACGAAUAUGCAAAAUGCGAAUAACUCUGGAACGUCAAGUACCGUUAAAUCGAUGUGUAUUUCUUCGAAGCCAGUGACAAGAUCUAAUGUUCGGGAAUCAUGCUUGAAAGAAAUUCGUCAAAAAGGAUCAUCUAAAUUAACGAACGCGAAUCAACAAUCACCGUCUAGCACGAGUAUGGUUCUUAGAUCUGCAUCAGCCUCUGGUCGCGUCAAUCGCUUCAAGUUAAUGAAACAAGAGCGUGACGCUUUAAGUUCAAAAACAGCAUUUUAUCAGAUGAUUAACCGAUGUUCUUAGUGACGAUGAGGGUGAUGAUAUUGAGCAAAAACUAGGCAGAUGAGUUAAUUGCAAAAUAUCUUAUUGCUGCCAACAACACCAACGAAGGUCACAUCGCCCAAACCCUUUGACAGUAUCGUGAAUAAUUGUGCAUCAAUCCCGAAAAUAUUCAUAUCAUCUAUGGCAUCUUUUAAUCAUAAUAAUUACAUUAAAAAUCCUCCACUAAUACCGAUUCUUCGUAACUAAUGAUACCGAAUAAUCUAUAAGUAGUAUUUGUAAACUAAAAAAAUUAACAAGACAAAAUUAUGAUGAAAUGAAUUAUAUAUAAAUAUAUACAAAAAAUUUAGCAUUUUAGAAACUAUUAAAACGCAAUUGUUGAUGGAAAUGUUUUAUAAACUU